AUGGUAUAUCCACUGAUGCGUAUGGACCACGCAAGACGCAGGAAGUACGCCUUGGCAGCGUGUUUCUUGCACGCUCUUUCUGCAUUCCUCAUUUUCAUCAGUGAAGCCAACCACUUCUUGAUGCUACCGAUAUUGGCGUUCGUACUUUGUCAUGUGUUUCUUUUCUGGUGUGUCAUAGGUAUAGCAAAAGGUAUAGAAAGGCAGGGCAUAACACAAUUCGUUACCCAUCAUAAAGUAGUUAGUUAUUUGGUAGGCCUGACACCUUUCGUGACUGUCUUGCUGCAGUUGUUCAUGUUCGCAGUUCACGUCUAUUCGAUAUUCGCUUUUGCCGAACAACGACAAGCUUACUCGAGAUGGAGCCCACAGUAUCUCAAGCGCAUGGUUGGCUUCAGUACAAAGCAAACGGAUCGUCAGGAAAUGAAUUGGUUGCAAGGAUCUUUCGAAUGUUGUGGCGUGUUUGGUUACGAAGACUGGUUGCCUCUAACGGCCAGCAAUAGCUUGUUAGAAACCCAACUGAUAUCUGAUAGGAAAAAGCAGUGGUCUCACUGCACAAGGAAUGGCUGUUAUCUGCCGCAUUCAUGUUGUAUAAGCAGUCAGCUGAAGUGCUCCCCACUAAUAUUGCUACAAAAUUAUACAAAAAAUGAGGAGGUUGGGAAACACAGAGCUAAUGAAUGGUUUUAUCUUACAGGUUGUUUUAAUGAGCUUAAACGCAGACUGAGCAUCUUUCUCGUCGCUUUUUCUGUCAUUAAUUUUGGGAUACAGUGCAUCACUUUGUUAUAUUCACAAAUUGCUUGUACCAGUUACGCUAUGGUCAGUCAUUGUGACACCGAAGAUGAAACUGCCGUGCUUCCCGCAUGGAUUCUGCCAUUUCCAUCACCCUUUCCACAGACAAUUGUCAAAGUUUAUUCUUCUUCUUUGAGAGACAGUUUAACUUCACACUAUAUGAGCUGUAUUUGUUCAUUGGGAAAUCAUCUCUCCAACUUUAUGGACAGUGAUAAUUAG